AUGCAGGUCGCUGUGCCCCCACCCCCUUCCCUCUCCCCGCCCCUUGUGACACGUCUCAACCUGGCCCUCACUGUCACUGACCGCCUCCUCUCCUUCCCCCCCACUGUAUUCAUCUACCCCGUCUGUAUGAAAGGAUGAACCGUAAUCAAUUUCAUUUAUCACUCACACGUUCAGUUUGUACCUCGUUCCCAUAUAAAUGUACAGGGUCGAUGAGAAUUUAUCGAAAACACGCGUGAGCUCUCCAAGUGCACUGUUGAAAUGUGAUUAAAUUCGCGUCGUCCGGUUGGCCUCGUAGCUCAGGUGGUUAGAGCGUUGGCUGAACUAAAGCCUUCCCCUUACUGUCGUGGGUUCGAAUCUCACCGAGGCGCCGAGGUUUUCACAGUCGGGCUAAUAUGAAUUAUUCAAAAUCUGCCAAAACAUCUAGGUGAAUUACUUAGAAAAUCCUGCUCGGGCAGCCAACUUACUGUAUCAGCCUUGGUGGGCUCCAGACGUUGCAGUAGGUUGGGCGGGUCGAGACGCCGAGCAUUUUGCAGUUGGGUCAAUAUGAAUCAUUCAAAAUCUGCCAAAACAUCUAUGAAAUGCACACUAGUUGAUCCCGAGGACUGCUCGGAAAACUUAUGUUUUUUAUAAAUUCUCGUCGAACGAGGACGGCGAAGAGAAUCGCGAAGGAGGCCUCGUAUUUCGUUCUGCAUGGAAGCUUCAGAAACUUUUACCGGUGGAAGGAGCAUCUGGGUAACAUGCUACAGCACCACAAUGGACCUUGAUCACUGGUCAAGAACCUAUCCGAACCAGUACAUUUAUAGGGUUUGACUGUAUAUUUCUAACAUUACAAGCUUCUGCACUGCCUAUUUAGCUUUGAAUAAUAUUUCUGUUGGUCGAUUGUUCCGAAUGUCGUCUUUUUUGAGAACGAAAGAAAGCAUAUGAUAAUUUUGCCCAUACUUAACAACAUAAUUCCACGCUAGUUGCCUCAAAGAGCGUAGAUAGGGGUAUCUGGGUUCUUUUAUUCUCAAAGGAAUCCUUUGAGGUUUUGAGGCGCUCGUUCAUGUCAAAAAUAGCCGAAGCUUCUGAAAGAAGGCUCGAACACUACUUUUAUUAUUUCAUUAUGCAAGGCACUAAGACAAAGACAUGAAACCCCAAGUGGCACACUGCCUCGGAACUUGCCGACCAGAUAUGCCGGCUGUUUAUUCAUUCGAAACCACUUCAGUCACAUCAUUUUCUCUCAGACUUCACCUUGCCCGAUGUUCAUUCAGUGUACUGAAGGUCGUUCGAGCACCUCGUCCAUUGCCUUCCAACUCUGUCCACUGCUAGUGUACAGAGGAGGGCAAGAAUAUGCACUUUUAAACUGACUAUGCUCUGACAUCGGGCAAAAUGGGGAGUGCGCAGUUCCUGUGAGUAAUCAUCGCACGCGAGAGACCUGGACGAAUGCUUGAGGAUGCCAGAAGCCAAGUCAUUGGAAGGGGCAGUGCUAAAGAUCGUUAACCCGCAUCCCGUUGUAGGUUACGCCCUCAACGCACACGUCCACGAUCCAUGUGAUCCCUGCGUCCUACUAGCACGUGAUAGCGCAGCGAUUGGUGGCGCCGGCAUCUGCACGUUGCCUGUACGUUGGCCUUCUGCGGGCGGGCAAGCACGUGCCCGCCUAGCAUCACGAGCGCGCUGGGAAAAGGUUGCCAAGGCAACGACCGAAGCGUCGACAGCAUUUAGCUGCCACACCUCCCAAUCGGUUCCGGCUGACAAUUUCACCCAGACGUUUAGACCACCCACUAAAUAAGAUGCCCAUUUAAAGUUGCUGUAGUUUGUUUGCUUGGUGAGCGUCCAAACUCAAGAGACAGUGAUUAAGACUUGCAAACGCACUUUGCGAUAGAAAAGCUUGCUGAUAUUAGGUGGAAAUACUGAUUACUAUGAAACAUAAUAGCGAAGCACUGCAUUCACAGUGGAAUGUUACCUUUUAGCUCUUAACACCUAUUCACGCCAGCCACACUCACAAAACAACCCCUCGAUUAAAGUACCGUGAUCUCUCCUCGAUUGCGAGGAUUGCGUUCCCGAACCCUCAUGAAAAGUGGAAAUCCGCGAAGUAAAAACCAUAUGUUUGAUGGCUAUUUUUAUAUGCUUAAGCCCUUAUAACUCCUCCCACAUUCUUAUAAACACUUUUCACACAGUUAUACAGCAUAAAGCCGUUAUAUUCUCUUAGGUGUUAGGCAAGAUUGGUCAAAAUUGUGUACGUAAACACACUGCCUAUGUACUACGCACAAAUUUUCCCGCUGUAUAUUAUUGUAGAGUUUUGCUUACUACGUAAUAUAGUGUGAAGCACACGAUAGUAGUAUACGUUUUAGUAAGAAAUAUAGCUAAGAACGUCCCGUCUGUGAAAUCAGCUGGGCAAACAAACUAAGAAGGUGUGCAUCAGAAAUGGAAAGGCUCAUUUUCCACAGAACUCUGCGAUCCAGCGAAAACUCCGCUCCAAACUAAGUCCCUUUUUCGUUAUGUUUCUUCAGUUUGCGAUCAACCAGCGUGUACAGAUAGACGUUUAUCUGGAUUACAGAACAAAAAAUGACAUUUGGUUGCCCAGAAAGGCAUUUGCCACUUACUGGUUCCAUGUUCCAAGCUUCUCGAGGUCUGCUUUGUUUAACCUAUGCAUCUCGACCGUAGUUUGCUUUGUAUGCGUACGUGUGGGUUUCGAGUCGUUGGCAUAUAAAACGUUUCUGCUAAUGUUGAUAUAAGCGAAAAUUCAUGUAUUUGUAUAAGAAGCAUAAGGAGACGCGGUAGGAUGACUGCUUUAGCGAACGUCAACUGGUAAAAUACAGACAAUGCAGACAGGAAUGGUCUUCGUGAGCGGUCAAAUGUACAGUAGAAUUUAAAAAUUGUGUUGCGUGAAGUAGACAGAAACAUUCACGCCCGCCGGUGAUUUGUCGUUUGGCAUACGAUACUUCUAAUAAUAAUGAUAAUAAUAAUAUCCACAAAUUCCGAAUCGGACGUUUGUGAAAACAGUUGUAAGCUCAGAAUGAAGCAGUGGAAAAACCCCUGAAAUUGGAAGUGAGGGGAAAGUUCAGGGAACCUUUGCUUUCAAAAAUAAUUCCAGAGGAAAAAAGCUGCUUUGUGAAGAAAUGUGGAGGAGCAGGAUAGAUUCUUCCUGAGGAUAUGAUGAAACUUUAAAGCCGUACGAAAAACUGAGAACGAGGAGUCAUUUUAGUGCGCCUGGGGAUACUAGGCGGUGGUAGAUCCAAAGUGAAGCCCAAAAUGCGGGUGGAGCCUCGACACCCCGGUGGCCAGAACGGAGUCCUGUUGAGGAUAAGGGGCGAACGAAACGGAGUUGGUUACUUCGUCAGGCGGUUUGUUAGGGAGGACUUCGCGUGUUGUGAAGGCCAAUUUACAUGACUGAAAAAUCGAACUCUCUGAUGAGAGACCGUAGCAAGCGAAACCCCGCGCGAUUGGGGGAAUGCGAGCAAUUAGGGCAAUAUGGCGGGGACGUCCAAAUGCCUGAUGAUCCUUGUCCAGCGCCAAGGAGAAAGCUGCUCUGGAAGGAUGAGGGAAAAAAAGGCUAGUCGAGUCGGUGUUAAGACAAAAGCCCAGUCUUUUAAAAGCACGUAGACUGCUUAAUGAUUUAAUAUCGAUUGGCAGGUUAUUUCAGAAAAAAUAUGCCUGGAAGCCAAGAAGAGAAAGCGUUUGUAGGUGGAGGGGGCAGGAGGAGGUAUAAUCAAGGGAGAAUUACGGAGAUGGUAUGGACGACUACCACGGAUAAGAGGUGAAGCCCGAGGAAGAUUUGAACUACUAAUAAUGAGGAAGAAGACAGGAGUCAGUUUCUGUUUUCGAACUAAUAUGGAUUUUUGGUCAGUUAGCAGACAUCUACUUCCAAAGGAAGUAUUUUUGAUGUGUCACAACCAAGAAUUUUCCAGUAAAAUACCUUUGGGCAUUUCCGAAUGUAGCUCUGUUACCCUCGUUUAUUAAACCAAAGAAUAGGCGGCAGUAUUCAAGAAGGAUGGCAUGCGAAAACAUCUUAAUUUAAUUCCAGAGACGUAAAAAUUUCAAGAAACAAAGCCACAACUUUGGGCGGUUUUGUUUAGGACGAAAUUCUGAUGAGGUUUCCGUGUAUUUUCUAUGCUCGUACAAAUCUAAUCAUGGCGCGUCCUUUUUAUAUUUAAGGCCUGCGGAAGGGCAGAUCGCGGUUCCAACUAAUCCUGCCGGCACAUGAUCCCGUGAAGAUAGUCAGGCUCCGAAUGACCGCAAUGAGCUGAAAUUCGAAAAACAACAGGAACGAGUGCCAAAUAUGGGGAAAGAAUAUUUUACUUACAGUCAUUGAGUAGUUAAAGUUCUCUGGGCUCAAAUACUUGCUCGUCUUGUCUGGAGGUUACUUAUUUGUGCGAUGCGUUAAAGCCCGCUCGAUUAAAGGUUUCUUCUCAUACGCACUACGCAGGGGCUAUGCCCGCGUCUUUCUGAUCUGAUAUCUUCUGCUCGCUAAAUGCAAUUCGCCUCUGUUCAGUGUAGUUAUUAUUACAAAUCUUCCUAAAGUAUGAAGUUGAUUUGCACUCUCAGUGGAAUGCUUUUGUUUUCUCGUGCCUACGGUACGCAGGAAUCAUCAAAAGGACAUACUCUGGUUGGCAUAAGGAGAGCACAGCUAGUGCGCCUGUGCUGUCGGGCAAAAGUCGCAGCAACGAACGUCAUCGUCGGGGGUGAAUGCCUGCCGUCUAAUUUGCGUGAAAUUUUUUCACGGUCGUCAAUCCGCCCUAAAUGCCUUUUCACACCUGGCUGGCCUGAGAAGAAGCGCCUUUAUUUUUAGACUGCUUUGAUCUGGUUGCUGUUUGGUUUUUUAAGGAUUUGUACGGAAGUGUUAAUCCGGUUUCACACUUCCAGCUGGAAUGCUGGCCCACCGUUGUGGACGACAUGUUUGGCCCCUUCUUCGUGGUAAGUGAUGCGUGCAAAAAGUGACAGUCAUGCCAAGAUUUGUGUCCAAUUAGGACGGGUGCAAUUAUCGUGACUGUGCCCCUAACGAGGGCUAUGUUUGAAAACCUUAAUCCCAAUGCAUUUCAAAAUCAAUCAUGGACAACAUUCUUAUUGUUGACAAAAGAUAAAAUUAUCAGACUGCUCAGGUUAUCACUGGACAAAUGGCAAUACGAAAUGAUUCGAGUUUCAAGGACGAAUGGGCAAACAAGACUUAAAUAAAACAACUGUGUUAAGCCAGUCAACUCUCAUGCAAAGCUCCUAUGUCUAACUACUUGCUCCAGCUACUGCGUUCCCAUUGGUAGGUCCCUAGGACUUCUCUUGGAAAGCCUGUCUGGGUUCCGAAGAAACCGCGUAACCACUGACAUGGCCUUCGCCAUUGCCAGCUGAAAGAUAAAUGCCAGGAAAUGCGUACCCGCAUCCAUAUUAGCUUCGUGGGUCCGACGAAGGCCUUCGACGAGGUGAAUCGCGAUUGAGUCUGGAAAAUCGUACGGUGACCAUGUCAAUAGAGCAGGGCUUUGUGCUCGCCUCCACGCUCUCCAAACUCAUGUUUUCUGUCAUGCCGAUAGACGCCUACCGUGAUGAGCGCUCCCCGAUCUACAUCGUCUACAGGACCGAGGCCAUCUUCCCACUAGCCGGCUCACACAGGCCCCAACGCGUCUAUCCACAACUACUGUUCACGAUCUGCUAUUCACAGACGAUUGCUUGUUCAAGGCAACGACAGAAGCAGAAGUGCAACGGAGCAUGGACCUCUUCGCCACCGGGUGCACCAAAUUCGAAUCAGCGACUAACAUGGGCAAGACGGUGGUAAUGUAUCAGCCAUCACCCAACACUGCAUACAACUACUCAUGAAUUACUGUCAACUGCACCCGAACUAAAACCCUUGGCAACAUUGCCUACUCUUACACUGCAUCAAAAUCGAUGACGAAGUGGCUAUCCGAUCUCCAAGGCCAGUCAGAACUUCUUUCGACCGGUUACAGAACACCGUAUGGAAUCGCCACAAUUUCAACAUCAAGAAGAAACUAGAGGACGUAUAAGACAGUCGUCUUGACGACGCUACUGCACGAUGUUACGACCUGUACAGUUUGCAAUAAACAUGCCUCGAAUCCCAAUCGAUCCUACGUCAGUUUGUAUUUAGAGAAUACUGAAGCUUGGAUGGCAGAACGAAAAUCCCGUGACGAAAGUCUUUGAAUGGACUGGAAGUUCCACCAUCUAUGCCAUGCCCAGGCACCUGGAACUGAGAAGGAGCGGCCAAAUCGUGUGGGUAGACGAUGAUCGACUCUUCUACGACAAUAUCGCAAAGGCUUCCAACCGACAAGAAGGUGAAACCCUCCGCUAAAAGGAUACCUUGGAAAUUUUUUGGACAGGUUAGAAAUCAACCCAGAGACUCGGGAAGACGUCGACCAGGAUCGACCGGUCUAGAUGUGGGCAGUAAAGACUGCAGCAGGAGUGGGAAGAAAGGACUAGGUCGAUGGUCUUAGCGCAUAUCCCUCACUACAAACAAUCUGACGUGCUUGAAGCUAUUUCGGCGAGCCAACAGAUGGGGUAAGUCGGAAUUCGCAGUCAUCCCGAUGUGUGUGUGUGUGUGUUUGGGUGGAGUGGCGAACUGUUGGACUGAGCCUCAGGCUGCAGUGGCUUCCUCUUAAUGUGGCCUCUAUGACACUCCCACUCAGCGGGAUCAGAGUAGAUUGUGGACCAGGAGGUGUGGUGGUACGCCUCGAUGCGGGUUUUCAGUGUGCCUCUACCACCGCUCUACCUGCACCCGCGCCCUGUGCCGCCUCUGACGUUCUUGACUCUCUCUUGACACCGGAUCCAGGUGCGGGUGGAGGAAAGAGUGCGGUAGGUGCAGCCCAAGUCUACUAUCCCCACAAACGAAUUCAGGCGGAAGUCGCCGUUCCUGCCGUCACCCUGUUGUGGAGCACACGAUGGACAUCAUCAGAAACGACGGCUGAACUGUCAGACGUCCGUAGCAAUAUGCACAGUUACAAUAGAUGUGAAUGCCUCCGAUAUACCCAUCAUGGCUAAGAUAUCGUAUCGUAGCUAGGCCUUCCAGUGUGGUAGUCUGCACGCGUGAAAGCCGAUCCCCAGGCGUAAUGCUCCGAGUUUCGGGACGCUUUAAAAACAAUAAUUUUGCCACCUUUUUGGGCAAACAAGUUUCCUUUUUUUUACCAUAUAACCGUUUGGCUAACAGAUAUUAACACUGACGAUAUUUCCGCCGUUAUGGUUCUUAGUCCCGCUAAAACAGCCUGCUUAAGGGCUUCGAUGCCAUGCUUUAUCACGAACAUUAACCAAAUGCUGUUGUAGGUCGCCCCCCCCGGCACAAACUGUUUGGUUGACUUUAGCAUGUACUUCGAUUUCCCCAAAGGCUGCAGGCAAAUGGCAGGAUGCUCAGCCACGCAUAUGCUUGGGGCCAAAAGUGAUUGCCAUGAAUAGAGAGGUGCAGCAGUUUGUUCAUGGGGUUAGAGUAGGUAGAGUUUGUGUGGACGCCACAUUCAUUGACCUACCCUGGUCAAAUAAACGAACGCGGGUUAUUCCCUUUUGACUUACAGUACAGGUUUAGAACGAACACAAGCGGCCGCAAACUAGGCGCACCAUGCAAUCGAGAUAAAGCACCGAAAGAGGCGGUGGAGUGCAAUGCCAAUUUCUGGCAAAUAUGACAUUCACUUUGACUCAACUGUGAAAAACCCGGUGUCUCAGUGGGGUUCGAACCUACGACGAGUUUUUAACAGUUGUGUCAAAGUGUCUUAUUUGAAUUUUGCCAAAACACCUCUGAAUUACGUGAUCCUUGUAGUCAUCUGGUAGAUUCUACAUGUAUUAAUUUGGAAAUCCUGUUUGGGCAGUCAGCUUACUGUACCAGAUGUGGUGGAUUUCAUACGUUAGAGUGGGUUGGACGGGUAAACUUGACCCAAAUGUAAUUACAUUCGCGUCGUCCGGUGGGGCCUCGUAGCUCAGAUGGUUAGACUCCCUGCUGUCGUGUGUUCGAAUUCCAUCGAGGCACCGAGUUUUCCACAGUUGGGUCAAAGUAAAAUUCAAAUAUAUUCUGCAGGUAUGCACAAAACACAUUUUCUUGUACUCAUUUAGCGCCCUCUUUGAAGUUUAGGCCAGAGGAAAGGGCAUGUUUCGGUUUCAACAAAUUUUUUAAAUUCCCGAAUAAUUUUAAAUCCAAACAGUUGCUACACUUGCAUGCUGGGUUUCCAAGCCACAAGCUGCAUGUUUUCCGCGCAAGGAAAAUCCUAUAUUUCUAUAAGCUAUGAAUACCCCAGAAAGAGCUCAUUAAGCUUUGCGAUGGAUGUGGGUCGUGUUGUGAAUUUUCUAAGUAGCAUUAAUAACUGGACAGAUACGAUGCCUCAUGCAUGGACAUUUCCUGGACUUAAGAGUCUCGAACUGCCGGACUCCGAUCUAGCCUCCAUGUUGGUCCAGUGCAUCUACCACGUGGCCUGUUUAAGGGGCGAACCAGCCGAGUAGCCCUAACGAUGAGGCAACGAAGCCGGUAUCUACUACUCCAGGUCAGAAGGCGGACACCAUUCAACGGGCAUGGUCUUUUACCCAGCGGGAGCGCAAGUGCAUCCACCGACAGGAAAUCAGGUAUCAGAGAACUGCCAGCACGCACCAGGCUGCGAGUGCCAAAGUUUGCUGAAGAGCGGCAUGGACUACGCAGAUGAACCUUGAGACAGACUGCUCUGUAUGUAGGCUAAGCCAUCACCAUUUAGAGGCGGGGUAACCAUUCAGUCAUAGACUGAGCAGCACUAUCUCGACGUGACUGAAAUAUUUUGGGAUUAUACGGCACAAUGAUCAGUAAAACCUUGCUUGAAUAAUCUUUUUGAAUCGAAAACACAUUUUAGAAUUUCGGCCAGCAUUUCAUGCGAUAGCACAUCUACUGUACAUGCCGUAUAGAGCUCAGAUUGGGUGUGUCAUUAUUCCAGCGUAGUCGCAGGGUUCUUCUUCGUACUUCAGUUUUUCACGUGCAGGCCUCCCAGGUCUCCAGUGCCACACAUGCUAUGACGUAAGGCCCGUGAAAACUGACGUAACAAGCACCUUUUGUGCGAACGGACGUUCAGCCGAUUUGGUGACAUUUGGCCUAUCCGGUUUCCUUGGUAGAGAUCUAGAUACCGAUGCACAGCGACUGCCUUUUUUCACCCUUUCGAAGUUUGGACUUUCCUGGGCAAAAACAGAUCGAUGCUGGCAUUUAUUGCACUUCUUGACCUCGUAGAUGGCUGCUAAAGGACUUUUAAGGGCGCUUUCGCGUGCGAACCAGCAAACGUCUUUCCUCGUCUGCAGAAAAUACGAAAUUCGCCCAGUCCCUUCCUAGCUAUUGCAUGAAUGUAUUUGUCUCUUUAGGUUCCUCUCGAGGGGUUGAGUCCCAAGAUGUCCGGACAAAUUGCCUGACAAAACUUCGAAUGCGUUUUGUUUCAACUAAGUUCUAAAAUGCGACGUCUGGCUUGGUAAAAGCCUAACGUAAGUGGGAACUACUUUCUCUAUUGAGAGGCUGCAGCUCGUCAGUUGGUCAUUUUCGACUUGCAUUUGCGGCAAAACGAAAGUGAGACUCAAUCUGUCCGAUGAGUUCACUUACUACCUAGAUAUGUGAAUAAAUGUAGACAGAUAGUUAUGACUUUAAAACUCUUCGAUAGAACCAGAUUGUUAAACCCGCUUUGGAGCUUUAAACCACCUGAGAUGGAUUUAUACCUACAAGGGCCAAUGACGGAUGCGAAAAUGUGAUACCUUCAGUAUUAGGCCAUUUUCACGCUGCUGACUUUGUACUGUGGGACUAGGGUUCAAUGGCAAAAGUAAAUAAAAUCCUGAUGCAGCUAGCUUUAAAUGUUGUCACUAAAGAUGAGCAAUGGUAAUACAGUCAUGCGUAAGAAGGACCGCUGCCCUUAAUCUGCGCCGAAAAGUCCGCAUAAGAUCUUUGAAUGAGAAUAAGUUCUACGUGUUUGUAACCGUGUUUGGCCCGCGUGUACGUCAUGCCACCUGAGUGGGUAAUCCACAUGCUAAACCAGUUUAUCACAGCCAAUGACGAUAUUUCCGACUAACUGCAUUUUUUCCGUGCCAGUAAUGAACGAUCUUCAAAUUACUGAAAAUACACAUCUUGCUGUAUGCAAGGCGUUUAUUUUAAAUCUCUGCUUAAUCCAUUCUAACUCCUUUCCAUUUUAACAGAAAAACACUGAAGCCACUCUGCCAAACGUCAUACAGUUAACUACAGCCCUAACGAAGUUGGCAGCCGACCCCGUUCUUUGGCCCCAGUUACCGUCUAUGGGCGAAAUAACCAUUCGAAUUCGAAGUCCCGAUUUGGGGCUCACUAAGCAGACAUUACGCAUCCUGGAUAAAAGUGCCCCCUUGCUCAUUCUGAUGCACAUACUACUUGUCACUUUCUUUGGACUGUGACAUCGACGUGAUUACUGGAGUGAAAAUAUUCACAAGUGCCUAUGAAAUAUCUCACUUUCUGCCUCUACAGGCGACGCAACUCGUGAAAGCCAAUUAAUAACGCAAAGACCCCCAAGUCAGCUCCUGAGCUUCAGCAUGCGGACGCUUGAAUGAACGUCUCCAAAAACACUUGAGCAAGUGUCACUCGCAAAACGUCAAUUACUUAGAGUGUAUUAUUCCCGUAAACCCUCGAACCGUAAACUGCAAUCAGCCGAGCUGAUAAAGCAAGGUAACCGGAUUUCACAUAGUGGGGGCAUUUCGAGCACAACGCACUUUAUGUAUCAGAUUAACUAACUGCACAAAUAGUAUCCUCAACGAAAUUCAUGACUCUUUUGGUGAAAGUCGAAAUUUCCUUGUGCUCUGGUGAUAAAGAAAAUUAAUGAAUUAUGGCAGAUCGCAUUUGCACGCCGUACUCCUUCUUCUGGAAGAGCGGCCUCCCGACAGCUUAGUAAGCAGUGGCCUCAUUAGAAAUUUGAGUGAUCGGUGGCCCAACUCAGUCGCAGGACGAAAGUGACCCGAUUUCUGGAUUCGCUGUAUUUCCUGCAAUGCGAAAAGUCAAACAGCUCAUUUCGACCAGAUAAGAGCAGUUUAGGAAAACAACCUUCGCGAACUUCAGCAUCGACUUUUAAUUCCACGUAGAUCCCUUGAGACAAGGUUUGAAUACUCAUGUUUCUUUUAGAAAAAUAGACGCUUGUUCGCCUUCGAGAUUUCCAGUUUAUAUAGUGGGCUCAGAUACCAACCGGUGAUGUCUGUAGGUAACUUUUAUCCUUACCAAAGUGACGAUUUAUAGAUCUAAACAAAAUAGACUAGAGGCGUGGGACAAAUGGCCGAGAAUUUAUCUCCCAAUUGGAUUUCCACGUUAGUGAUAAGGCGUUUUUAUGCGGUUUAUGCUCCACUUAUACGCAACUCAAAAACGAAAAAGGCGUACUUCAAGUCGUUAUAUAACUAUUUCGUGUCUGUAUUUUGUAGUAGAACGGGACCUACGAAGGGACGACGAAGAAAAAGCCAAAAUAAUCAAAAGCAUAUCAGUCAGAUAGGUGAAGACGCGAAGAAUCCUUUCCGACGCUCUUUCCGACCCUACUUUUGGAAACUCUAAAGUAUAUCGAACUCACUGCUAAAUAACAUAGCAAGGCGUUUAUUCUGGUAGUGAGCGUUUUCGUUUAGGCCAAGCAACAACCAUCGUUCAGACCAUAAUCGGCGGAAAAACACCUUCCUGGAAAUCACUACAUAAGAAAAUAUUUGUUAAAAUCACACUGUUUCGGCAGAUGGUAGUGGUCGAUUAGGCUGUCCUGGUCCCAAGUGGAGGCGGAAUGUGGACAAUUCAAGUAAGGCAAACCGAAGAAGGAUGCUAGAAUCGUUAGUGGAAAAGUAGCCAAAGCUAAGACGGAAAAGGGCAACCGGAUGUCUCGGUUUAGAGGUUGGGUUUGGGUUAGUGUCAGGCUGAGAACUGAGUUUAGGUCCAGGGUUUAUGGAGUUAAUCAGUACUUAAUUUUCCUGACUAUGCUGCACAUAACAGUCUUGGACAGAUGGGUGGGAAGCAUGCUGAAAUCCAUCUUCAUAGACAUAGGCAAAUGGAUACAAUUGGGGCAUAAGAGUGCGACACUUGUAGAAUUUGGUAGUAUGUGGGCGCGCGCCUCGUUACAAACAUGGUCUGCAUGCGUCGUGUAUAGUCAUGGCUGGGAUUGUACUUCGGGCUGUUAACCGGCACUGCCAACUGAGAGAUGCGCGUGUCACCGUUCAUCUCCAGCCGAACUUGUCUCAGAUGUGUACGUCAGCUGAGGCUUUCCAAUGCUUUUUGGGCGACUUACCCAGCCUAGAACCAAUUAAAAUAACUGCAGCGUCACAACGAUAAAAAUCGACCAACUGGAAAAAUUCACAGUUGUCAGUGUUCAGCGCGAAAAAGGUGAGGCACCUUGCCAAUUAGAAUCCGCUUCUGUGGAUUAGUUUACUAAACUAGGCCCCUUCGAAAUCUGUCCGGAAUUUAUGUUCUUCUUCUCAUGCAAUCACUUGUAACCUGCAAAUAUGGGGUUGGGUAUGACUGGCUGACCGCGGUUAAUAAGCCAAACACGGCCAUCCCAGUCUCUCCUGUCUUUGUCGGCAUUCCUUACUGUAACAUUACCAGUCGCCUUGCAACUGCCUGCAAGGGCUCUAAAUUUAGUCACAAGGCGCAAAGGGACAAGCCUGUCACGUGGCCUGAUCGCAACCUAUGUGCGUGUGUGGAUUGGCGGAUGGUGGCUGCAGUGGCUCUCUGUUAAUGUGACCUCUAUAACACUUCCCCACUCAUUGGAAUCACAGUCGCUCCCGUCUCUCCUAUUAAUGUAAAAUCCUUGUCACUGUGCUUUGCGGGCCAGUUGGUGUGGUGGUAUUGCCUAAGUGCGGGUUUACGCUGUGCCAACCAUCGGCGUCCUCUCCCGCCUCCGGUCUUUUUGUCCAUGUCUUGACACGGGGCCCGGAGGAGGAGGAGAAGGAGGAGAAGGAGGAGGAGGAGAAGGAGGAGGAGGAGGAGGAGGAGGAGGAGGAGGAGGAGGAGGAGAGAGAACUGUAG